AUGUUGAAGCGAUUUAACAACAAUGAACUAGGAGAAUCUGCAAGUCGUCGUGUUGGCUAUCAUUGCACAGCUGAUUAUGCAAAAUCGUCUAGAGCAAAAUGUCGUCAAUGCAAGACAAAUAUCGAACAGGACGCAUUGCGAUUGGCUCUUAUGUUACAAGAUGAUGAAGGUUAUAAAAAUACUGCUUGGCAUCAUUAUGACUGCUUCUGGAAGCAUCCUGAGACAAAGAAGCUUCAUGGUAUUCAUGAAAUACAUAACUUUACUAAACUAAAAGCAGUAGAUCAAGCCAAGUAA